AUGGACGGCUCUACGUUGUUGGCCCUGCCAAUUUUCCCGCCAGCGUCCGGGCUCCAGAUCUUUGCGCUCUUCGUCAACUUCUUCUUUCCCGGCCUGGCCCUCCUGGUCGUCUCUGUCCGCGUGGCGGGCAGAGUGGCGGCCAAUCAGUUCGCAGUGGACGACUGGCUGGUUUGCAUAGCCAUGCUUAUGUCCAUAGCGGAGACCGUUAUCAGCUUCUUCUUCAUCAAGACCAACUUCAUCGGCAUUCCACCGGACCAGGUGCCGCCUCACGACCCUACCCAGGGCCUGAUCUGGACAUACGCCGUGCAGAUUCUGUAUAACCCGAUCCUUGCCUUGGUCAAGUCGUCGGUCCUAAUCUUCCUGACCCGCCUGUUCGGUCAGAAGGAUGGCGUGCGCCGCUUUCUCCUCUGGCUCAACGUCGCCAAUGUCUCGCAGAUGGUUGCCAUCUUCUUUGCCAUCCUUCUGCAAUGUCUGCCCAUUGCCUUCAACUGGGACCCGACCAUCAAGGGCGGCCGCUGCGUUGACCGCCGGAGUCUCUACGUGGUGAACUCGGUUUUCAACAUCGUGACCGACUUCCUGAUCCUCGGGCUUCCACUGUGGAUCUUUUCGUCUCUGAAACUCCCCAAGCGCACCAAGAUCCCACUCUUGAUUAUCUUUCUCCUUGGGUUUCUGGCAACCCUAACAUCCAUCGUGCGCCUUAUCCUCUUGGUGCAAGGCCUGUACGGUAUCGUCAUUUUUCCCAACAACGCCUCCAACAACGUCGGCUUCGUCACCUCGGCCAUCGAGACCAACCUGGCCCUCAUCACCGCCUCGGCGCCGGCCCUGCGGCCCAUCUUCCGCUCGCGAGACCGCGGCGGUUGGUUCGCGCGCAGCGUCAUGCCCACCAAUAACCACGCUACCAUGACCUCUGCUGCCCGGGACAACAGCAACAGCAACAAAUACUACUACUCCAACAACAACAGCAGCAACAACAACGGCAGCGACGCGACCGACCUGGAGAUGGGCCAAAAGGAACAGCUGGGCGGCUGGGACAGCACCAGCACCAGCACCAUCGUCAGCCCCAAGGCCCGCGACAGCACGCCUGUGGUGGGUAGCAAAUUCGGGCGCGGCGGCAGCCGCAUCGGGCGCAAGGGCUACACGUCGCGACGCAAGGGCGGCGGCGCCAUCACCACCGCCACAGCCGCAGCUGCAUCGCACGGCGACGACAAAACUGCUAACAACGACCGCCGCCGCGGCAGCAGCAAGAUCAAGCCCACGAUCACCCGGAUCCAGACGACGGACAGCGCCGUCGUGCGGGUGAGCGACAUCCAGCGGGAGAUCGACGGGCUGGUGAAGGACCUCGCGGUCGCCGGCAAGGGGUCUUACACCGGCGCAGCCGCAGCUGCAGCCGCACCAGCAGUAGCAGAAACGCAGAGAGGCGGUACUGCGGGCCAGUCGCCGACAAAAACGGCCGCGACCCAGACGUCAUCGCCGCCGCAGCUGCAGCCGCCUCCCAGGACGCCGCCACGGGCGGCAGCGGCGGCAGCACCGCCCAGGCCGCGACCGUCGAUGGAGACGAUCACAGUGGGCGCGACAUUCGUGACGCCGCUGCCGCCGAGGCCGAGCACGAGCGGGAGUAGUAGUACUAGCAGAGGCGGCGGCGGCGGCGGCGCGGGCAGGAGGGGCGCGCCGGAGCGGUAUUACAGCGAGAGCAUAUACCCCGAGCAGGGCAUGGGGCGGGAUGACGACGACGACGACGAUUACGACUAUGAUGACAGGGCGUCGAGGUAUCUUGAUCGGCGGUUUGGGAUGGUUACGCCCAAGGGGACGACGCCGACGUUGAGGGGGUGGGAGGGCAGCGGGCGACCGUUUUAG